AUGGAGAACGAACCACUGCGGGGAUCUACCGAGGCUCCUGUUUACAACAACAAAUCGGAAAACAAGCCGAAAUCCAGCAGGAACAAUUCGGGAUGUACAGGGCGCGUGCAGAACAACUUACUGUUGAUCUUAACGGUUGGUGGCAUUCUAUUAGGUAUUGCCAUCGGGUUUGCAGUCAGGCCGUUGAAUCUGUCCUCAGAUGCCAGGAUGUGGCUAGGUUUACCUGGGGAAAUUUUCCUGCGUUUGUUGAAGAUGCUGAUUCUACCGCUUAUCAUAUGUAGUGUGAUCUCAGGCACAGCCUCAUUGAACCCUAAAUCAAACGGGAAGAUCAGCGCCAUAGCCUUCACGUACUGCCUCCUGACGAACUUCAUGUCCUGUGUUAUAGGCCUGGUCUUCACAUUAAUUAUCAAACCAGCACGCUUUGUGGAUACGAAAAAUACGGAGUCGGUUAAAACUCAGAUGUUACAGACGCAGGAUAUUUUUGCGGACUUACUGAGAAACUUGGUACCCGAUAACAUUGUAGAGGCAUGUUUCCAACAGGUUCAAACGCAGUACAAGAAAAUUGCGAACGAAAUUGAAUCCAUGAAAGCAAAUGAGACAGAUGGAAAUUCAACAAGCAGCCAACUGUACACUUUCUCAAAAUAUUUGGGGAAAACAGAUGGGACAAAUAUACUAGGUUUAAUAGUAGUAUGUCUUUUGAUCGGUAUCGCCAUCAACAACAGUCAAGAGAAAGGCAAGCACUUCCUGCGCUUCUUCACCUCUGCCACGGAAGUUGUACUGAUCCUGCUCAGAUGGUUGCUAUGGUACGCCCCCUUAGGUGUGUUUAGCUUGAUCACCGUGUCCUUGGCCGGUAUAGAAAAUCUGGAACAAACCUUUGUACAACUGGGACUUUUUGUUCUCACCGUGUUUGUAGGGAUCGUCAUUCACCAGCUCGUCUUCAUCGCCCUCAUUUUGUUCGUAUUGGCCCACAGGAAUCCCUACCGGUAUCUUCUCAGCAUAUCGCGAGGCUGGAUGCUCGCUUUUGCCGCCACGAGCACGGCAGUCGCUAUUCCAGAAAUGUUGCACGCAUGUGAAGUUAGUAACAAAAUAGACAAAAGAGUGUCCAGGUACGUCGUCCCAUUCUGUGUCACGCUGAACGCCGAUGGCAGCGCCCUCUAUAUCACGGCGGCUGCUUUAUUCGUAGCCACGGUUACUGGCAAUUCACCAGACGUCAGCACUACUAUCAUUGUCGUCGUGUUGACCACAGUGGCAGGCUUGGCCAUUCCUUCCGUACCGAGUUCCAGCAUUGUCACUUUGGUCGUCAUCCUGUCAUCAAUAAAUAUUCCUGCAGAGGCCAUCGGAUUUCUUUUCACAGUGGAAUGGUUUCUGGAUCGGAUUAGAAGCACAAGUAAUUUAUUUAGUCACACCGCCUGUGCUGCCAUAGUGUAUAGAUUCUGCAAAUCCGAUUUAUCGCCAUUGCAAUUCGACGAGGAGGUUUAUGAAGUGAAGGUCAGCAACCUUGACAUUCAUCGGGAAGGUCAGGUGGAUAAUCACGUGGACAGUGGCAAAGAGGACGGCUUACAUCCUGUACAUAUCGUUUCGUAA